CACACACACACACACACACACUGAAAAGCACCCAUUCACAGGUUCAGGAGGACUUCCUCAUAUUGUCCGGGUUGUUGAUGCAGGAAAUCACUUUAAUUGAUGUUCGACGUCACGCUGAAUUAAACACUGUGUGUUUUUGUGCUCUCUGUUUUACAUGUGUUCCUCUGCCCAUUGUUGAGGCCAAUAGUCUUCACAACAACACCGUGCCUUAUUUCUUGUCUUCAGAAAUAAGCGCGAUUUGGCUUCCCGCUACGUUACAUGCAUACUGUAAUCUGUUUUCAGUCAUAACUUCCCUCGUCAGAGCAUUCGGGCGCUGUGUGACUCUCGUCUGGAUUCGUCAGGUAUUACCUGCUAUACUCUGAAGGUGCUUUUCUCAUUCUGUCCACUCUGUCCAGGUCUAUAUGUGAGGUGUUGCGGUAUUAUCCUGCGUUGGGGAUUUCCAGAAUGCAAAUACGCUGGCUCGCACUCCAGUCCCCCAACUGCAGCACCGAAGCACCACCUCGCACACAGCGGCGUCACAGCCGGUCCUGUUUGUGUUUGCUUUGUUGGUCCACGCUGUUGGACGCUUCCUCUGACCACUGCAGCAUGUGGUGACGUCCCGGUACACGGGGAAGGUGUGCAUACGUGUGCAUACGUGUGCAUUACACUGUAGCUGAAACCUAAAUGAGGAAGUGGCUCAUAUUUACCGUGAGCAGUCAAUAAUCACAGAGGAAGCUUGCUUCACUCGCUACGUGUACGUGGCUUCGAACCUGUAGACCUGCGAUCACACGUUCCUACGCGCCGUACCUUCACCUACAGUGAACCACGCACACAGCAGACAUCGCAAUUAAUCGGUGAGAUGUCACUUAAGCACGAGCCAUUUUUGGGUUGGAUCCUGUCAUAAAAGGAGCUUGCGCUGGUGCCUUUUGCUCCGCACCCGGGUUUUCCAAGCCGGUUAUUUGGAACUGUGGUGAAUGACACAGUGCGUGUAUAUUUAAGCUUUUGCUGAACUCUGGUCAGCUGCGGCUCACUUUUGUUCAACAUCUCGCUCACCGUCUAAAUAUAGAGUGAUGUCAGCCCACUCAUUCUGACAGAGAGGAAGUGUUAUGCGUAUGUGUGUGUGUGUCAGCUCCUCCGCAGCAUUAAUAGUUUGUGUUAGGAAGGUAAAUACAGAGCCCCAUUCUAAUGGAUGUAUCAGCGUGGACAAGUUUGCAUAUGAAUUGUGUUUGCAUACGUACGUAUGUAUGUGUGUUUGUUUACUCUGAAAUGUUUUUUUUGAAUGUGUUUAUGUGUAAUAUGUAUUUUGUGUAUAUGAAAAAACACAAUGCAAAAAUCCACAAUGUGUGAGAAGAAAGGUUCCUUCGGGACGUCAUGUCUGUGACGGACCACAGACUUUCUGACUUUGGGUCGAAGAUGAAAACAGAAAGACUGAGAGAGAAAGAGAGAGAGAGGCUGAGAGAGUGAGACAGCCGUGUAGAGACAACCGGAAGCCCGUGGUCACAGGCAGCGUUUAGCUGCUGAGGCAGUGCUGUUUGUCAAACCGUGCUUUUUUUAGAGGGAUCAAGGCUAAAUCCAUCGCACUGAACAGCCCAUUCAGUGUCCCUGAAUGGCUAAGGGAGCGUGUGUGUGUGUGUGUGUGUGUGUGUGUGUGUGUGUGUGUGUGUGUGUGUGUGUGUGUGUGUGUGUGUGUGUGUGUGUGUGUGUGUGUGUGUGUGUGUGUGUGUGUGUGUGUGUGUGUGUGUGUGUGUGUGUGUGUGUGUGUGUGCGUGUAGUGUGUAAAGUAAGGACCGUCGUCCUAAAGCUUAAAAAGAGUAGUAGCAGCACCCUCCAUCACCCUGUCCCUUUUCCUCACCCCCUCCUCCCCAGUGAUGCUGACACACACAUUUAGCUUCUGCCUCACUUACACGUUCUCGCCCGCAGGAGGAAAGAAGAAAAAAAACCAAGUGAGUGCUGUCUGGACUUGCGCUUUACCUCCUCACUCACUGUGUCACACAGGUGUUAGUUUCAGUACAGCGAUCGCAGUGUGUGGAUGUGCGUGCGGCGUUGGGCUGCGUAGACCAGAGUGCUGUGACAGGCAGACUAUGUGCAUGAUUGGCCCACAUGGCCUCCUGGGAUAACCCGAGCAGUACGGGAGCAGCAGAUGGCUGCUCCCCGACAGUGUCAGAGCCAGAUCUGUACCGCAGCGUCCAGGCUGUGCUGCCCAGGGACACGGACAACCAGCAGCUGCAAGACAAAGGCAUGCUGAGGUGGACGCUUCAUAAGAAGGUUCAAAACAAUCCCGCCAGCAGCUUAUCUCUCGUGUGGGUGCUGAUAAAGGAGCUGGAGAAGGCUGAGAGGUGCGACGCUCGCAAAUGCAUCAUCCCCCUGCUCCACACGCUGAUGUAUGCCGUCAUUCAGACAGCCCACAUUCCUGAAGAGCUGUACAAGCGAGUGUACAACAUUUGUAAGCGGCUCCUCACCUAUCCACAUCCGUACUGCAUCGUAGGACACCACUACACAAGGCAGAUAAAAGCCGAGCGCUUCAUCCCAGGUCUGAUGUACCAGAGAAUGGUCACAGCUGAGCAGAGGUUAAAAAACGAUCACUAUCCCUUCCAAGAGAGGGUUUUUGUGUUGGCUGACCCAGAGGUCUUCUCCGGUUCCUCGGGGCAAUGGAACUUGGGUGAUAUUGGCUCAUCCGCUCCAGGCGGAUUUCAAAGUCCCCUCGAUCACAUGUGCAGCGUUAUCCAGCACACCAUGCAGGCAGCUUUGGGAGCGGAGCAAUGCAACGGGCCCAGCCUGGCUCAGGCACUGAGGGAUAUCGGUCCAGAUGUUGAGUCGUACUUUCAGGAAGUGCUGGCGACUCUCGAGCAGAGCGCCGAGGACGGCGGCAGAGGGGAGGGGGGAGUCCUGAGGAGCCGCCUUCAGCAGCUGUACAGCAAGAUCGUUGCCGCUGCGGGCUCAGAGCCGCUGCCGAGGGGACCCCUCUGUGACUGCGCCCUCCCUAACCCCGAGAUGAGCUUCCACCUGUGGACAGAGGACUUUGAUAUCUGGCGGGAGCUGUCUAAAUGCAUUCGACUCAGCUCGUCGUUGCAGUACUCCAUCAGCCAUGAGCAGGAGGACUUUGAGCUGGGCGAUUCCCCCGCUGACCUGCUGCCGUCGGACAUGCCCCGCCACUCCGUCAUGUCCAACGACAGCGGCAUCGAAAAGGACAUGUCCAACGAUUCCGAAUCCUUCUGGGAAAAGAGCUUGGUAACAGCAUUGUGGGAGCAAGGCAAAAGCGACCAAGAUUCAGCAAAGCUGUCGCGGCGUGGCGGCAUCAAGAUGAAACCCUCGGUAAAGACCACCAUGGUCAUGAUGCAGGACACCUUGGAAGCCCAUGCGAACCUUGAGGGAGGAGGUGGAGGGAGGUCAGGGAGGAGGGGGGCGACUCUGCAGCGACGGGCGGGCAGCGGCGUGACGCGCAACUCCUUCACCAAGCAGCGCAGACACUUCACCGCCAAGAUCGUGGUCAUGGGAGACGACAGGGCGCUGGGCCGCCUGGCCGCAGCCUACUACUUCUUCAAGAAAAGGGAAGCGCGGAGGCCUUUUCUCACCACGAAAGUCGGCCUUCAGUUUUACUACAUCCCUGUUUCCCAGUCAGGAAAUCUUUCCGAGGGGGAUCCCUGUACUCUUGGUUCCUACUUGAGCAUGGUGGACCCGUGGUACGGCUGCAACAUCAAAGGUUUAGGCCACACAAUCCUCCAGUUGGCCAAAAUGCAAGAGACGAACCCAGGGAAGCCAAAGGACCCCUUCAUCUCUGACGUCAUCUCCUACUAUGUUCGUACCAGCCUGCAGCCUGUCUACUUCAACGUCUACUUUGUUAAGAUCACGUUCAUCAGCACAACAAAGGAGCCUGUGGAGGACGUCUUCCUAACACACCUGGAGCUGGACUUUCCUGAGUUCAAACUGAUCUCACCGUCGGUUAAAAACAAGACGUGGAGGAACUCGGGGGACGUGUGUGGAGCCGUAGUCUCCAUGAAUUACAAGAAGGUGAUGUUAAGUGGACGGGAUGUAAACAAAGGGAUAUCGGUCCGGACAACGGGGGCUCAAAUCAGCGCUAUUCCCACCAACGAAGCAGAAGAUCUCAACUGUUUGACACUGACAUUGAAUGAAACUCCAACCAAAGCUAAAAACAACACUUUAGAAUCAAAAAUUCGGACCACCAGCAUUAAUAUACGCACUCUGGAGAGUCGAUCUUUCACUGUUAUACUGGACAAAGACAGUCGCAGAACCUACAGUGGUGCAUCUAGUAUUGAGGUCUCUCCCUGCCUUGAUCCUGGAUUCUGUGUCCAGAGAUCUACGAGGUCCAAACUGAGGCUGACUGAGGACACAGAUGCUGGACUAUACAAAUACAUGAGCAAAGAACUUCCUCUUCCAAUCAACACAUUUGCAGGAAUCAUCAACUGACUCGACAGAUUAACUCUGCAGUGACUCUGGGUGGUUGUUUGUGUGAUAACAGAAUUCCAGUCUGACACACGAAAAGAAGCCCGAAUUCCCCUUUGACUCAUACUGAGCUGCUCUCGACAGCAAACAACAUACCUUCAGCCAGUCAGUCAGGACUGGUGGAAUUUGUGUGACUGUAAAUCACAGCAGCUUGAGGCUGAGCACACCUCAUACUGCUGUGGUGUCCCUCUCUGAAGGUGCUGGAAAUACCAGCGUGCUCCAUUUUACAGUAUAGUAACAGGAACAAAUAUUGUUGACGCUGAUUGAGCUCCCAGUGUUGUGGACUUCAUGCUGUUACUUUUAUCACUCGAUAUAUGCAGCUUAAACCUAUGCCAAAGAACAAUGUCCCCUGUGCAGGGUGAGGGGAAAACAAUUAAGCCAAGAUGUAUGUUUCUGUUUCUUACUUUGUUACAGUUGCAGUACUUUUACUUUAUAGACACACUACUGUUUACCAUGUGCUUGUGCCAAACACACAUCUGGCAUACUAAUGAAAUUGAAUUACAGCCUCAUCAGGUCUGUCAGCUUUUGAAAUAUGCAAAUGAAGCGAAGGGGACGGUACGAUGACAGGCCACUGUAUCUUUCUCUGCCUCUCUGUCUUGAAAAGGGGUUGUUGUUCCUGUACCUGCUGCAGGCUGUUUGCAGCAGCACAUGACUUAUGCGGAUUGGAUUUAAGUGUUGGAAAAACUGCAUAAAUGUGUUAUGUUUAGCGCAGAAGCUAGAAUAUUGUCCCGUGUCAGGAAUGACUACAGAAUUAUUACUGCAUAAGCCAAGCUAGAGUGGGCAGCUGUUAGACUGAAGCUGACUUCACGUGGGGCCCGUUAUCUCCUUCUGUGGCCUCUGUGCCACUGCUUGAUAGUAAACUAUAAGACAAAGGGCUGAACUUGGGGGCACUUUCACACAAAUGCCAGUAAAUGUAUCAAAUGUGUCAGGUUUGAGGUGUGAAUAUCACACCACCCACACUCUAUUUGCACUAACAUAACACUGCUUACAGGGUCAUUCCCUGUGGGAGUGGGGCACUGAAGCAGCCGCUGUGUGUAAAGCGUGUACUGUGUGUAACAUUAAUAAUGUAUAUUAGCUGUAUAUGUCCUAAUGAUGGAAACCCAGGACGACCAUUCGUAACAGCAGUGAUCAUUAAGUGUUGUUUAGUGUCUGACAACGUUGCGAUUAUUAUUAUUUUUUUACUGUCUUCUAAUCGACAGAA